AUGACGACACUUCAUAAACGUAAUCAAGAAAGGACUCACGAAGAAAAUCAGGAGCGUGCUUAUAUUGCAGCAAGUCACCGUGGGGAUCGUAGUAUGGAAGCACGUAUUGAAUCAGCACGUAAAGCAUCUGAAAUUCAUAAAAAACGAACGGGAAAAGCUUUACGUAUUACUCCGGAGGAUGUUAGAAAUGAAGAAAUGUAUCAAGAAAUUAAUGAGAACGAACAAGAACAAUUGGAACAAUUCCAUCAAGAAGUAAUUGGUGAAUCACCUCGUCCUCAAGGUGCUGCUGCACAUUUCAAUUAUGAUCGACAAUAA